CCGCGGUCACCAAGUAAACAGCAAAACAAGAUGGCGGGGUGACUGAAGAAUCAAAUGAUUUUUCCCAGGGCGUAGCUUUUAAUUCGUUGCUUUUGCUAAGGCAAAAAAAGUGCGAAUACAUGUCCUAUAAAGCUUCGUUUCUCUGUGUGUUCGAGAAGUAGGACAAAAGUGUGUUAAACUCGGGAGAGCGAAGUUGUUAUGGGAAGCGGAGUAUCUGCCAAUAGAAGAGGUUCGGAGUUGAUAAGCCCAAGAGCGGAAGCCAUCACUAAGCUAAAGGAGAAUGGAGUGAGUACAUGCACAGUUUAUCAGUCUAAUUAACAUUUCAAAGUUUGCACUAUAUGAAAAAAAUAUUGCUUCUGGGCCGUUUGGCCAAACUGUCCAAAAUCAAGUUUAGAUUGCUUAUCUGUUCCCGGCACAAGCUAUAUCAUGUAAAUACGAAGACUAGUUCUUUGUUUUACUAAAUCAGUGGCCAUUUUGUGAAAUUUUAAUUCAAAAAUUAAUUGAUCGGUAACUUUUCAAAUGUGUUAAAUGCAUUUUUGAUCCCCUUAUUUUAACAAGAGGAUGCGGCGCUUAUUUGAAGCGGAAGCCUUUGUCACCGCGUAAUAUUAGAAGAACAGCACUGGAAGCAACUGUGCAAUUGUCCUUGUAGGGUGGUAUUGUAAAGAAAAUUUAAAUUAAAAAAAAGAGCAUUUACAUACAGUUGAACACCGUUUUCAAAUAGACGCCUGCUCAAUACAGACAUCUCGUAAUUUUGGAGAGUUUUCCUGGUCGAGAAAGUAAGCCCUCACAUUUUCUCCAAAUUCAACCUGCUUAGUAUGGACACCCCAUUAAUACAGACUUUUUGUUUGCCCCCUCAGUGUCCUUGUUAACGGGGUUUUACUUUUGUUAUGUAGAGUUAACUGCCAUGUAAUGUGACUGUAUUGUUUUUUGGCAGCAACUGAUGUUAGAUUCACCAGCUUUGAUAGAUUUGGGGCAUGGUACAGUGCGCUAUCGACACCCCGAUGAAAAACGAGAAAAGGAUAACACAAAAGUGAAAACUGGAUACUUCUAUCAUCCUCGUCUGGAUGACUUCAGUGAAGGUACCUGCCCUGAAGAAUUUGCUGGCAUAUUUUGUUGACUUUGUUAAUGGAGAAUGUUAAAUGGCUGCCAAACGCCAUAUGACUGUGACGUUUAGUGAUUAGGGUCAGGAAACUGAGAGAAUCAGGUUCCAUUUAGGGUCAUUAUACGAGAAAACUUUCUUGAAACUUGAUCCACUCAGUUUCUUAACCCUAAUCACUAAACUUCAGAGUCAUUGGGUGUUUGGUGGUUGUUCGGCAUUCUGCAAAAUACCCUGCAUUCUGCAAAAUCAAACAUGAGAUGCAGUGUUUCAUCCCAGAUGCGAGAAGAGAGUUGAUAAAAAAUUGUCCUUCUUUGUUUGAUAUUUCUUCUCAACCAAAAUCAUUUUUGAAGGAGAAAUUAAGGAUGCAAAAAUGAAGUUUUUCAUCUGAUAUUAUUAAAAUUCACUUUGAACACCUGUUUGUAUUAUUUCAAGCUUCUAUUUCUUCAGUUGAUUUGACUCAGUAUUACUUAAACACAUCAUAGAAACUGUGAAUGCAAAAAUGAAGUAAAAUACUGUCUUGUUUGUAGUAAACAACAGUAUGGUCUUACAUGCGCUUACACUUACCGUUGUAAUCACAAACAAUUGAUCUAAAUCAAAACACUAUUUAACAACCAUGUCUAGAACCCUAACUAGCAAACAAUAAAUUAGUUGGCUAUUACAAGGAUUGCUAAGGAGUUGAACUUGGAACUGAUAGGCAAAUUCUAGGUUUUAGUCAGAUCAGCAGGACUUGAAUGAAUAACAGCAAAAAGGUUGCAGCAAAGUAUACAGUAGGGGUUAUUAAUUUUUGUUUGAAAAUUUACUUGACUAAUGCACAGCAUGGUUAAUUUUUUAAUUCUUAUUACUCUUGUAGAUGCUGAAGUGCGACCUGAUGACAGUUUUAAAUUCCACUAUGUUUUCAAAGGACCCAAAAAGGAUGGGAAAGUGAAGCGUCUGUAUUAUGUGUAUGGAACACAUCUAUCAGCCAAAGAUGAAGGAAUAAAACAAGAGCCUUACAGACCUGUGGGAAAAGGCUACAACUGGCCUGAAUCAUACAGAAAGGCCAAUAACUUGUACUAUGAGCUGACAUUCCCAGAACAAGGUAAAAUCAGCUGUCUGAUUACCACGUAACCCUGCUUAGUAACAUCUGCAAACUGCUAAGGUCCUUUUUCUGGGCCCCUAAAAGACUUAACUAAUUUGCGGAAGUACAUUUCAAAUUUCUCUUCAACCUGGGGUCAAUUUGAUACAACUUUUACAAGAACUUAGUGUAAUCUACAAGUGUAGCUAUUGUUUUCAGUCUCCAAAACAAUGACUGCACUUGUAAAUUUCACUUGUAAUAGUUUUAUUGAAUUGACCCCUGAUUAGCCAACUGAACAAUGGCUUUUUUAACAGUCCAACCAUGGCAUGUACUAACAUUAGCUGGGA